AUGUCCUGCUCCAGCCUGUGUGCUCCCUCCUCCUGUGGGGUGGCCACCCCGGCCCCUCUGGCUGACACGUGCAACGAGCCCUGCGUGCGGCAGUGCCCCGACUCCACGGUGGUGAUCCAGCCCCCGGCCUCAGUGGUCACCUUCCCCGGGCCCAUCCUCAGCUCCUUCCCCCAGCAGAGUGCUGUGGGCUCAGCAGGAGUCCCUGCUGUUGGAGGGGGCUUUGGGGGCAGUUUUGGAGGCCGUGGGGGCUAUGGGGGUUAUGGCUCUGGGGGUUAUGGCUAUGGGGGUUAUGGCUAUGGGGGUUAUGGCUAUGGAGGCCUUGGGGGCUCUGGGGGCUGUGGGGGCUCCAGAGGUGUCGGCACCUGCGAUUUCGGGGGCUGGCGCAGUGGCCACAGGUACCUCAGUGGCAACUGCGGGCCCUGCUAA